CGUUCGACGCAAAUUAAUUCGAUUCCUUGGAGUGCAAGUUAGUGCGCUAUUCCGUUUAUUUGAAAAAUAGAAUGCAUAAACCUUCCUGAUAAACGGGAAAAAAUAGAUUAAGUGAACGUAACAGAAUCGCUAUAUCGUGCGGAAUACAAUCGGCGAACGGAAUUGCAUAAACGUAAAACAGCGUUGGAAAACUAAAGUAUCUCUCCAAAGUCAGCUGAUUUCAGUCAACGAGACCACCAUUGCUUCUUUACGAAGGUUUGUCCCGAUGGUCAGGCUCGCGUGUGUGUGUGUGUGUGUAUGCGUGUGUUUGUAGUGCAUCCGAAGGAAAACAUUACGCAGCUAGAACCCCGUUACAUCCGAAUCAUCGUAUUAUGUUAAGAAUCGUUGCACUAAACUGGACACGUGUGAGGAAGAUGGAAUUCACGUGGAUGAAUUACUUUUCAUCCACCGUGCCCGAAUAACAGGCCUAACAUAAGACGCAUGACGAAAGACAGACCUUCGAAAAAUCCCAUGUCUUUCAUAGAUUAGACUCAAACGUGCGAAUAAGAUGUCUUGGUUGGGAUGCUUCCCUUGGUCGCAAGGGAUCAAAAAACGAGCCUGCAGAUAUCUCCUACAACGAUAUCUUGGUCAAUUUUUAGAGGAGAAGCUGACAUUGGAUCAACUCACAGUAGAUCUUUACAAUGGAACUAGUCGUGUAACCAAUGUCAGCCUUGAUGUACAGGCGCUUAAUGAGCUGGGAGAACAGCAACAUCUGCCAUUAGAAUUUGUAGAUGGUUUUGUAGCAGAGAUGUCAAUUAGUAUACCGUGGUCAGCUUUGCUUAGCGAAGCUAGUUACGUGGAAGUGACAAGUCUAAGGUUAACGGUUCAACCAAGACAAAGGAUGGAAAGUGGUACUUCAAUGUUCGAAUCCAUGUGGAGCUCUAUGACAUCGAGUAUGCAACUCGCACAAGAAUGCUUGCAAGAAGAUGCUAACAAUGCUGGGAAUUCUCAACCUUUAGAAGGAGUAGAAUUGUUUGCACAAACGAUAGAUUCAAUUUUAUGCAGAGUGAAAGUCAGAUUUAUAGAUACUGUGAUACGUUUGGAACAUGUGCCACUAGAUUCUUCAACAGGAGUUGCAAUAGAAAUGUUUAUAAAGAAUCUCGAAUAUUCAGAUGAAGCAGGCUUGGAUCCAAGCAAUACUUCAUUAGAUCCUAGUCAAUCUACAAAAGGAUAUGUUGUGUCGGCAUUUACGACUAAACGUUUUUACCUAGAAGGAGUGACUUUUCACACGGAUGAAUUUCCAUCUAGUGCAAGAACUUUUUCUAGAAGUAUAAUAACAACGAGUAGGGGUUCGACGCCAGAUUCUAAAAAUUCGGAUGGCCAAUUUUCUUCUGCACAAAUGUCUCCCAAUCAAAAUACGCAAACUCCUCCAGAUGCUAAUAUUAUUAAUAAUUUAAGUGGAUCGAAUCCUAUAAUGUUUGCUAAGUUGGCAGGCAGACAAGAAAUAAGAUUAAAAUUGAAACAAGGAGAAGGUGUCUCAGGGCCAAAGGUAGAAUUAGAAGUAACUCUGGGAUCUUUUACUUCGUUUUUAAGUCCGCGGCAAGUGCAUGUUUUAAUGGAAUUAGGACAUGGACUUGCGUCUCCGGACUUGGAAGACAUCAGCAAUGUCGCACCAAGAACGUGCGUCGAAAAACCUAUGGCUCGCAGCGACUUUCAUCGCGUGGAACGCGAACUUAUUCAACAAAUACAACCAACUCAAGGAUUGCGUACUAUGGAUCUAAGGCAUACGCAUGGUUGGUCAACGGCAUCUUUGGACGAGUCUGACAAUGAAGAUGAAUUUCUACCGAUGCGACUACCGGGGUCCGCGUCGAUGAGUAACUCUGUUACGAGUAACAAUAUCAGUAUGGACGGGAGUAUAUCGUCUAGUAGUAUUAGCUUAAAAAGUUCAGCAACAAAUUUACCAAAGCAACGUAAACAGAGACAUAGCGUGGAUAGCGGUCCUUCCACGGAAACAUCUCACUUUCACGUGAGAGUAUCUUCCAUAGCUAUAGUCCUGUUACACGAAGAUAUAUUAACUACUUGCGUAGACGGCGGUGGCUUAACGUGUUCUAGUAUACGACAAAUGAAGAGAUCGGCAGAAGAAUUUUUUAAAGAACUCGGAUUGUUCGCAGCCACUGGAUAUGGAAACAAAGAUUUUGAUAAGGCAUCGAAGUUGCUCUUAGACGCUUGCCAUUUGAGUCACAUUAGAUUGCUUGCUGCGCCGUUAGUAAUCGAAGGAAAAGAAAAAACUAUGACGCUAUCUUCUGCGAUAUCUGGAACCCUGACGUUAGCUAGUUUAGAAAUUGUAGAAUGUUUAAUUGAUUCCAACAGCUCUGGCGCGAGCGGAACUCCCCCGACGGAAUAUGUAGAACUACUUACAUUUCCAAAAGAGAACUCAACGAAUGUUGGCUUUACUAAUAAAACAGAUUUCAAAAUGAAAUUUAAAUCCGUGGAAAAUGCUCAGGGUGCUAAGCACGCUCAGUUAAUGAAAUCUACGAAUCCGUGUACAGAAAUUGAUAUCGAAUUGGAGCCAUGUAAAAGCGAAGUGGACAUAACCAUCGUAGAUAGGAUAUGCGCUCUAUUGAAUCCACAACCUAUAUGCUCGUGUAACCCUGUAUCUAACAACAGAAAUAUCAAUCAACAAAAUAUAUUUUAUCAAGCCGUGGAGAGUCCCGCUUCGUCAGAUUUUGCAGCCGUUAUAAACGUAUCCUCGUCGCAAUGUACAGUAAAACUAAGGUUUCCAAUACCAGAUUUAAGACCACUGCACGAUAUGAAUCGAGCACCGUGGUGGAAAAGAUCAGUAAGAACGGAUUACAUGAUUUUGAAACUGAUAGAUGCACAAAUACAUUCAACCAUGAAAAGUCAUCCUCACUCUGUAGCAAAGCAUGAGAUUCAGUUUCGUAAACUACUCUCUUCGUACGCGGAAACCGAGACAGACAAGCCGAUAAAAAUAGGCAAAGUUACAACUGACGAGAAGAACAACGCGUCGUGUCAACAAGUAAACGAGGGUUUUGGGUGGGCCAGAGUAGUAAUUACGAUUUACUCAAAACGUUCGAGCGGCCAGCUUGAAGAUAGUUCCGAAGGAGAACCAGAUUCUAGCUUGGACGAAGCUUUGGACAGCGCGCCUAAACAUCAACCAUCGCCGUUCAGCUCUAAGCGGGUUAUUCAUGAAUCUGAUACACCCCAUUCGCAAGGAGACAAAGAUGAUUCAGAACAAAGAGAAGGUGAAGAACUGAUUAUACCGGGAAGCCGAGAAGAAAUGCUAGAAUUCAUGGACGAAGGCACGCGUAGUUCCAGAAUUCAAUUAGAAAUUAACUUUCCAUGUGUUUUCGUCCAAAUACCAUCUAAGCAUCUAUUCGAGUUACUGUACAAUAGAUUCAACAGUGAUCUUCUGUUAUGGAGAUCAUCAGCGCCGAGACCAAAGUAUACUACGCACAUGGAGAGUCAUAAAGGGCUCGAUUUGGCGUCUACCUUGUUACAAGAAUCCGUUUAUCCAAGAUUUAGCACGUGUAAAAGUGGAAUUCAGUAUGAUUCCGAUUCGGACUCGAACGAAGAGGGUGUAUUUCGUUCUGCAGCCGAUAAAAGUUAUAGGCAACAUCAAAACAGGGUGUCGAGAAAUGGUCAGAGCAACCUAGCGCUAAUUUUGAAUAUAGACCAAGGUCUUCUUUGUAUGUACGCUCCUGUUCGCGAUUCGAUGAGUAACGUUAUUCCUGGCCAACAAGGAGAAUUGAUAAUACGCGUAGAGGACACUACGAUAUUUUCGGUGACUUCGUACAAAGGAAACUCGAAUUUGAGUUAUGUAUGCGCUAUGAUAAAAGAAACAUCGUUGGAUCAUUGCGGAUUAAUGACGACUCCUUCGCAACCACCUACAAUGAUACGUAUUAAUAGCGUUAGCCCGCGGCAUUGUCAAAAAGCUAUAUAUAAAAGCGAGCUAGAUGCGAACGUAAUGGGAACAAAUAACAGCGAUAAAGAUAUGGUGAUGCUUGCUAUCCGAAUACAAGCUGCUCAUCAAACUCAUCGUAUAAAAACUUUCAGAGUAGCCGUAGGCGUAACAAAUGCUACAUUGCGGUACAAGAUGUGUACGACUGGUACAUCGUGGUUCACACAACUAACGGAUUGUCUCGACGUGAUCGAUUAUCCAGUCGCUGGUUACUCAUCGCCAGGAGUAUUAACAGAGUUGCAUUUACAUUUCUGGGAUUGUGCAAUUGACUAUAGGCCAAUUCAUCUGCCAUUGAGAUCGAUGAUAACUCUGGGUAACUUUAGCGUGUCCAGUAAUAUUGCCGCACAAACGAAUACUUCAACGUUACGUUUUAUAGCUGAAGAUAUCGCGUUGUUUGUAUCUAACAAGCUAGGAAAAGUCGUGGACAUAAAGCGAGACUACGUCUGCGUCAUGGAUGUUGGAUUGUUCGAAUUGUCGUUGAGGCUAAAUAGUAAAAUGUUUGGCGGAGCACCUAGAGUGGAUCUCAGAGCGAGCAACAACGUUCUGCAUAUUCGCACGUGUUCGGAUUCUGGUCGUAUCCUUAUUCAGUUGUUGACUUAUUUUGCCAACGAUGGAGAUCUAAUGCCAAACACGGAAAGUACCGAGAGUAUCAUGGUACCGAGUUCCGGAGACGAAGAGAGUCUCUUUGGCGACGAGAGUAUCAACUUGUUGAGCACGAGUCAACUGGAGCGCGUAAACACUUUGAUGGAAGAGGCGAUGACAGAAACUGUAAACGGAACAAGUGCGAGCGUGGAUGGGAAAAUCUUAAAAAACGAAGAUAAAGUAGAAGUAUUUUUCUUUCCCGAUGAGUCUCACCCCCCUUCGCAGAUAAUCCCUGAGAUGUCGAAAGGUCCCGAGCAAUGUGCCAAGUCAGAGUGUAACGUUGAGAUCGAGGAUGCUAACGAAGACUUUUGUAUAUUAGGAGAAGAAGCAGGCGCAGGGAUUAUGCCUAGACACGGGGUACCGGAAGUUCGUUGGCUGUGUCAAGAGUCCUUAAGGAUAGUAGAUAAUUACUUUUCGAUUCCGCUCGGUAAACCCGACUUACUUAAAGCGCCUAGACAUUUCCCUUCUCCAAUUCUAAGGUACACCCUAUGCGAAAUGACAUUAAUUUGGCACAUGUACGGAGGAAGGGAUUUCGAAUCCUCGCCACCAACAAUUAAGAAACACGUGUCUAUUAACGAUAACAAAAAUCUCCCUAACGCGACGAUUCAUGAAAGGAGUAGAUCUCCAUGGUACGACGGAGUAUCUUUCAAUGAAUCGAACAUGAACGAAGUACACUUCGGUAGUAUACCAAAUUCACCACGAGGAAAGUCUAAAGAAACUAGCGAAUGGCACACGUUGGGCGGACCUGGCCGCCGACACGACGUUCUAAUGGAAAUAGAAUUGACCAAAGUGCGUUUUCAGCACGAGGUCUACCCGGACAAUACCGAAGAAGCAGCGAGACAAGUACUGUUGAUAAGCGAGAUAGAAAUUAGGGACAGGCUAGCGUCUUCGUACAUCAACAAAUUCUUGUAUCAGUACAGUAGCGAAGCGAAACCCAAACAGUCUCAUGCAAAUAUGUUCGUCAUGAAGGCGGUUCACAUCAGACCGGAUCCAAGAUUAAGUGCUCAAGAAUGUUGCUUGAAACUCAGCCUACUGCCGUUGCGUCUGAACAUAGACCAAGACAGCCUAUUAUUCUUGAUAGAGUUUUUCAACGAAUUGAGCGGCGAUCUAAAGGAGACCCAAGAGAAUUCUAAUACACCCAGCAACCCUCAGUCUUCGCCAUUGUCUAAACAAGGGACGCCGACGCAUCAUCUACCGGUCAUGAGCGUGAAUGAUACCGCGCCUAAUACUCCAACGCCAACGAAUACUUCGCAAAACGAUAGUAUAGAUCCAAACUUGCUAAUACUCCUGGAGGACGAGUUGAUGAUUAAAGAAUGUAAAACCAAAAUGAAAACGAAACAAGCAGUUCAGGAAGAUUGUCAGCCGAUAUUUUUUAGGAGUGUCAUAUUUUCCCCCGAAGUCCUUGUUAGAUUAGAUUAUCAUGGGAAGCGUGUAGAUCUCACUCACGGGCCAGUAGCGGGUCUCCUAAUGGGCCUGGCACAGUUGAACUGUUCCGAAUUAAGACUGAAAAGAUUGACACAUCGACAUGGACUUCUGGGAUUUGAUAAGCUCGUAACGUUUUUAAUUUCCGAGUGGUUGCAAGAUAUAAAGAAAAAUCAACUUCCAAGUUUACUUGGCGGUGUAGGUCCUAUGCACUCGUUGAUACAAUUGUUUCAAGGCAUACGUGACUUAUUCUGGUUACCCAUUGAACAGUACCAGAAAGAUGGUAGAAUCAUUAGAGGACUGCAACGUGGUGCGAACAGUUUCACCACUUCAACUGCAAUGGCAGCAUUAGAAUUGACUUCUAAGCUAAUACACGCUAUUCAAAGCACUGCCGAAACAGCUUACGACAUGGUUAGUCCUGGCCCUAGCGUGAGGAAAAAAAGUAAAGGACAGAAAGGACGCAGGAAAAGAUACAGCCAACCGUUGGAUAUUCGAGAAGGAAUGGCUAACGCUUACUUGCUAGUAAAAGAGGGGUUGGGUGAAACUGCUGAUCAAUUAGUACGCGUAGCCAGCGAAGAACACGAGCAAAAGGGAGUCUCUGGCGCAUUAGGAGGCGUGUUACGACAAAUACCGCCAACGGUGAUGAAACCGAUCAUUCUAGCGACCGAGGCAACUAACAAUGUAUUAGGCGGUAUGCAAUCGCAAUUGGUGCCCGACGUGAGACGAGAAGCAACUCAAAAAUGGCGGCAAGAUUCGAACGACGCGAACUGAGACCGCUGUGAUGAUAAAACUGUGCCGAGUCCGUUUACGGCUCGAUAUCUGUGUGGCAUAUUGAAUCCAUGACGUGAAUUACGGAGAGUCCAGGCGGGGGGGGUGGUGGUGUUACGAAACGCGAAGCGAAUUUGUUUGUUCAAAAACACGAAACAUACAAUACGUGAAAGUCAAUUGACUCGAUCACGUACGAACGCGAGCAAACUUGUUAGACCUAAUCGCAUAAAUUUUAAUGAAAAGACUUUGCAAGGUCACUCGACUAUCCGAUGCAACACAUAUUCGUGUAAUUAUACCUUUCAGUUCUAUUGGUUUUUUCUUUCUUUUUUGUUACAUAUACAUGCGACGAGAUCAAACCGAUUUGUUAUAUUUAUAGUUUAUAAAUAAAAUAUAUUAUCGUGAAACAUUAUUCUCGCAGCUUGUAUGUACUUUCGUUUUAAUUAUGCGUAUGUUUUAUACCAAUGAUAUGUAUCUGAAGAUUUUUAUUAAUAAAAUCGUAAUGCUUAUCACGCA